GUGUGUUGUGCCCGUGACGCCCGCACGCACGUUCAUUUCAGAACUUGUGUCUUCCAAGCUCGUAUGCAGCGCACAAGCAUGACUCUAGUAGAGGACGUGUACACUAUCGUUGGAUAGUGAGCAAUAGCAUCUCUCUUCUCUGGUUGUGUUCCUUUGUCUUGUCCUUGGGCCUCAGUCCAUGCAGCUGUAGACCUAAAAUUUGUCAUUGAGGGUGACCUAAAACCAGACGAUGGCACAGAGCAUAACUGCAUGGGACAGUCGAUAAAGAUAGGAUGUGCCUACAGAGGCUCUGUUGCUAAUGUCAAUCUGACCACUGGAAGUCCAGCAACAUCUCUGCAUUUGAGGCAAGAGAGUUCGUGGUCAUUUCAGUUGUUUGAUGGAGGACUCAGCUACACUGUUCUCGUCCGUGAUGCUAGUGGUACCAGGACCUAUACAUGUUCUGACGGACCACUCAUUGCUACGUUCACUAUUAUCUUCGAUGAUACUAGCUCCAGGUUCAGGCACCACACUUCUACUGACUCAACCUACUAGUCGUCCACUGAGCCAAGUACGGGUCCUCUCCUGCCACCACCGGCUCCAGUUCUUCACCAGCACAUCGGACGGUACUGGAGCCCCCCUACCAGUGGAGGACCUCUCAAGGGAGCACAGCUCUGGUGAAACAUCCUUCAAAGGUCUAAAGCCACUCAUCUACACCGUGGCGUCUGUCAUCCUGCUGGGCUUCAUACCUGCACAACAACUUUUGUUAUCAUUGCAGUGACCACUGUUUGUAGUGAAAAAAAACCUUUGAUAAGUGAUGAGAGUCUAUAUUAUACUCUACAGGAAAAGCACAAAACACCAGAGUUAUAGACGUUCUGUAUUAGGACCUGGGAGAUUAGUGUUGUUGUUCCAAACGGCAUUAUAGAGGUAGACUUUGCUGGUGUCACUGCUCAAAUCUCCCGUUGGGAAUUCCUUGAUGUCGUGGGC